AUGGAGAAGGGUUAUAAUAAGGCUCAAUGCUGGUCUCGUACCGCUCAGCCUCGUCUAGACGAUAAAACCCAUAAUUGCAUUUAUAGCUCGCCACGUAAAGUUACUGACGGGAGCCAUCAACCUGGUUGUAGUAAUCAUGUACUGAAUGGAACGCAAGUUGGCCAGACCUCCCUAUCCGAAUUGCUGUUCGAUCUGUCUGCCGGGGCUUCUUCUAAAUCUUCUCUUGCAUGGCUCCACUAUAUGAUAUUGCUGCCACUUCCUAUCUGA